AUGUCUUCCCAACACUCUGCUGCCAACUCUCUUCCUCGUGAAGAACAAAGCCCUCUUACCGAAGUUGGUAUUCCCUCUCCUGUUCUGAAUGAACAGACACAUCUCACCGAAAUUGGUGACAUUUCUCCUCUCCUUGGAUCCACCGCUCUUUCCAUCGAUGGUGAUAUUGAAAUGAUAUACACCAGUCUUGAUUCCUUGCCACCUCUUUCAGUUGUUGGUUCUGUCCCUCCUACUCCUGUGCCUACCGUCCCAUCAGCCGUUAAUAGCAACACUAGUAGUUCCAUCACUUUGGAAAUGUUGUUAGCUUCUGCGAAGGAAGACCUUAGCAUAAAGAAGAACAACUUUUAUGUGGCUUAUGCUAACUAUGUGGCUCUUUCGAAGGUCAACCCCAUGUCAGACGCGGCCAGACAUGCUUCUUCCAUUAAGAAGGAAGCUCAAGAAUUGUUUGAGGAUGCCCAGAAGACCUUCAAGGUGCUUGAAAAAGCCAACGCCCCUCCUGCUAUUCUUGAAGACAAGAAGAGCAUGGUAGUCCCUAGCAACUUACCUUUCUUGCAGCUCUGCACGGAAACCAGGGUGAAGCAAAAUCGUGACGUGUUUGACUCUGUGUACGAUUUUUGCCAAGAAUUCACUAUGGUUUUAGAGUCUCAUUCCCUGUCCUUGGACUCAUGCUGGGAGCGUCUGCUUCCCAUAUGCCUGAACAAGGAGGAAAGAUCCUGGUUUGAAGACAAACUAAAGGGAAAGGCGUACAAGUGGAAGAAGGCAGAAGGGAUUCUGCUGGAUCACUAUGAUACUCCUUUCAGAAGAUUUCUGAACAUGGGUCGCGUGUGGAAAAUGAUGCAGAAGAAAGGUGAGUCAGUUCGUGCGUUUGGAGCUAAAUUUCAAACAGCUAGAAGACAAGCGUCCUUGGAGGAUGGUAUCCAGAUGGUUCUUUGUUUCUGGUGGAACUUGCGCCCGGAAGUCCGGGAAGCAAGCCUGAUCCCAUUGUUGGCCAACUAUGGCACCAAACUGCCCUCCAAAGUGGAGGAUAUAAUCUCGUUAGUCAGUGUAGCCACUAGCGAUUCCACGGCCCUACUCAACCAACCUGCGGAGUCUGGCACCCCUGCCAAAUGGAAGUCAUUUGCCAAUGCCCAUAGCAUCUCCUCUUCAAUAAGCCACAAGGGAAAGAAGAGAGCUAUUGUCAGGGACAAUGAUCCUAAGCACGCCAAGAAGUCUUGGAAUUUUAAGAAGGCAAUCAAAGAUAAUGUUUGCUUUUCUUGCAAAGGUGCUUGGGAGAAGGGUCACACCUGUCCUGAAAGGGAUAAUUACUUGACAAAGGUGUCAAGAAUGGCUGUGCGCUCACCUGCUGAUAGAUCAGUAGCUUCCUCCCCUGCUUGUGGUGGUUUUCCCCCUUCUCGUGAUAGUCAUUUCUCUGUUCGUGGCAACUCUUCCCCUGUUGGUAGUUCCUCAACGUCGUGGUCGAUGGACCAAGAUAACACAAGUGCUUUGGCCAAGAUGGCCUUGAAUUGUAAGGACAAUCAUAAAGACAUGGUCAUUAAAAAAGAUUUUAAGAACGUGAGCACUAAUAUUACCUUCCCCAUUCUGGCAAAUAAUUCUAUUAGAACCAUCGCCUUGUUGGACUGUGGCGCUACAUUCAGUUCUGUGGAUAAGAAUUUUUGUUUACAGAAUAAAAUAUCUAUUAAUUAUGUAAAUCACAUCAACAAAGAUUUAGUGAACAAUUCCAAUGUUCAUAAGUAUUUUAUUCGUUUGGCUGAUAGCAAUACACAUAUUAAAAGAAUUGGCACUUGUGUGAUCAGUAUAACUUGUAAUAGUAAGACUAUUCAGAGAGAAUUUGAAGUGAUGAACUUAACUAAUAGUUAUGAGUAUGAUUUCAGUAUUGGUACUGAUUAUAUGUCCACUCUGGGUAUUGGUAUUUAUGGUUUACCUUUAUCAUAUGAUGAUGCUGAUUCAAGUAAGGAACGUAGAGAAGCCGAUAGACGCUUCAAUAAUAAGAGUGAUCUUCUUGAAUCCAUUGAGAGAGAAAAUGAACAAAAGGAAAAUAAUCCGGCUGUAGGUCCCAAACAGUUUGAGGAUGCUAUGGAUUAUAUUCGUCCGUUCAUUAAAGACAAUCAAGAUAUUCCUAAGGGUUUGUUUUGUACUAUACCUGAAAGUGUUGUAUGUUUGGACACUCCAGAAAAUGCUAUGGCGUUCAGAAGCCCUUAUCCCAUUCCUUACAAGAUGCAAGGUGUAGUGGAUGAACAGGAAUACUGGCAAAGAAUUGGGGAAGCACCAGAAAGUAUCAAAGACAUCAACAAAGCCAAUAAAAGAUUAUUGAAGGAUAUGAAAGUCGUAAAUUCCAUACCCAAAGAAAAGUCAGGUAUAAAAAGAAAGAACUAUGCAAAGACAGCUUUGCAAAAGAAGAAACGCAUAAAACAGCUAUCAUUACAAGAACAAAUGAAUAAUUUAUUUAUUUUACUUAUGGCUAAGAAAAUGAUAAAUGUCGGAUAUUAA